AUGGCGGCUUUCUCUCGCUUCGGCUUCUUGGCCGCGGCCAUGAUCUUCCAUCUGGUCUACAUCUACUCCAUCUUUGACAUUUACUUCGUCAGUCCAAUCGUCACAGGCAUGCGCCUUCAUGGCAUCGAGCGCACUCCUCCCGUCAAGGCGCCGGCCGAUAGAUUGGUCUUGUUUGUUGGCGACGGUCUGCGCGCAGACAAGGCCUUCCAGUCCUUCCCCGAACCCUACCCCGAAACCGAGGCCGACCUGACCCCUCGACCCCUCGCUCCUUUUAUUCGAUCCAAGGUUCUCAAUGAUGGCACCUUUGGCGUCUCUCACACGCGUGUCCCUACCGAAUCUCGUCCUGGCCAUGUCGCAUUAAUCGCAGGCUUGUACGAGGACGUCUCAGCUGUCGCAACUGGCUGGAAGAUGAACCCCGUCCACUUUGACAGCGUUUUUAACCGCAGCCGCCACACGUGGAGCUGGGGAAGCCCCGAUAUUGUGCCCAUGUUCGAGGCUGGAGCCGUCCCCGGCCGUGUAGAUGCCUAUUCCUACGAAGCCGAACUUGAAGACUUUUCCAAGGACGCCACCGCCCUGGACUACUGGGUGUUUGACCAUGUCAGGGAUUUCUUUGCCGAGGCUGCGACAAACAAGGAGCUAGACAAGGCGCUGCGACAGGACAAGAUUGUCUUUUUCCUCCAUCUUCUUGGCAUCGACACUACCGGACAUUCUUACCGCCCUUACUCCAAGGAAUACCUUCACAAUAUCAAGGUUGUCGAUCAAGGUGUCAAGGAAAUGACCGAACUCAUUGACAAAUUCUAUGCCGACGACAGAACCGCCUACAUCUUUACCGCCGAUCAUGGUAUGAGCGACUGGGGCAGCCACGGAGACGGUCAUCCCGACAAUACUCGUACGCCGUUGGUGGCUUGGGGCUCUGGUGUCGCGCGUCCGGAGAAGCACACCAACACUGUUGCGCCUGGGCAUGACGAAUUCUCCGCAGACUGGGGCUUCGAUCAUGUUCGCCGCCACGAUGUCGCCCAGGCUGAUAUUGCUGCGCUCAUGGCCUAUUUGACUGGUCUGGACUUCCCUGCCAACUCAGUUGGUGAGCUCCCGCUCUCCUUCCUCGCCGGGACAAACAAAGAAAAGGCUCAAGCAUCGCUUGUUAAUGCCCAAAGUAUCCUGGAAAUGUACCGCGUCAAGGAAGCCAAGAAGAUGACGACUGAGCUGCGUUUCCGUCCCUACAGCCCCUUUAGUGAAGAGAAUACCAGCCCUGAUCAGCGCAUUGAUGCCAUCAAGGCCCUCAUCGAGAGCCAAAAGUAUGAAGAGGCCAUCGAGGAAACGGACGCUUUAAUUCAAGUUACUCUACAAGGUCUGCGCUACCUACAGACCUACGACUGGCUGUUCCUGCGAGCUCUCAUCACCAUCGGCUACCUGGGCUGGAUGGCCUACGCCAUCACCACUGUUGUCGAGCUUUUUGUCGUGGGCCAAAAGUUCAAGCCUCAGCGCUCUGCCAUUGGUCUUGUAUUCUUCUCCUCGGUGCUGGUCACCUUGUAUGCCUCCUUUGUGAUUUCUCAGUCUUCCAUCACCUACUACCUCUACGCCAUCUUUCCCGUCGUGUUCUGGGAGGAAGUCUUUGCCAGCCGCCGAAGCCUCGCCGAGGGACGCAAAAUUCUCUUUGCCAGCAUCAAGUCUGCGAGUGCCAUGCUUAGCUUUGGCCUGUACGUCAUCGUAUAUGUAGGCGUGAUUGAAGGUCUCGCGCUCGGCUACAUCCACCGUGAGGUCUUUACCGGUCUCUACGUCCUCGGCGCCCUGUGGCCCUUGCUUUAUGGCAUCUCGUUUCUGCGUAACCACGCCACUCUCUGCGCUACCUGGACACUGUCAUGUCUCGUCAUGAGCACCUUUACGCUGCUUCCUGCCAACAAGACGGACAAUAUCCCUCUGAUUCUGGCUGGUGGCGUCUCCAUGGUCAUCAUUGGCGUGUUAUAUCUGUCGUUUGAAGACACUGUCUUGUCCGAUUUCACCAAGCCGUCCGCCAGCAGCGAGAGCUUGAGCAACCCCCUCAGCCGCACCUUGAUGGGGGCUCAGAUUGGCUUGACCAUUUUAGCCAUGAUUGUGACUCGCUCGAGCGCACUGUCGCUCGCCGCCAAAACGGGUCUUCCUCUUGGCAACCAGGUCGUCGGAUGGACUGUCUUAGUCCUCUCGCUGCUUAUGCCCUUUGCGCACCGACUGCAGCCCAACAACAACUACAUGCAUCGCUUGAUGCUCAUCUUCCUCACCUGCUCGCCCACCUUUGUUAUUCUGACCAUCUCGUACGAGGGCCUGUUUUACGUGGCAUUUUGCAUCACCUUGGUUGCCUGGGUCCGUCUCGAGUACUGUGUCGAGAUCUCUGGGCGGUCCUCGUCUGCGGCCGAGGCUCAGAUUGAACGCGACGGUAUGCAGUUUCGCGCGCUGCGCCUCUCCGACGCCCGCAUUGCCCUCUUCUUCCUCGCCCUGCUCCAGUCGGCAUUCUUCAGCACCGGCAACGUUGCUUCCAUCUCAUCCUUUAGUUUGGACAGCGUCAACCGUCUGCUACCCGUCUUUGACCCCUUUUCGCAGGGCGCCCUCCUCAUCUUUAAGCUUAUGGUCCCAUUUGCCCUCAUCUCGGCCAACCUCGGUGUGCUCAAUAUUCGACUCGGCGUCGCGCCCUCGGCGCUCUUCAUGAUUGUCAUGGCCAUCAGCGAUGUCCUCACCCUCUACUUCUUUUGGGUCGUCAAGGACGAGGGCUCCUGGCUCGAGAUUGGUUCUACCAUCAGCCACUUUGCCAUUGCCAGUCUGCUCUGCGUCUUUGUCGCCGCGCUCGAAGCCGUCAGCGCGCUCUUUGUCGCGGGCGUCCAGGUUGACGACCAGGUAAGGCCGCAGGAACAGGUAGCAGAGGCGUCAGGCAAGACGGCGAGCUCCAACGGAAGUGCAGCGGCGAAGAAGAGCAGCAAGAAUAAAAACUAA